AUGUGCCAUCCUGACAAGCCUUUUACUUCUGAUAAGCUCCGAUGUGUGUUUAAUGAAUACAAAGCCGCGGUCUGGGUGCCGCCGCGGCCGCGGCCGCUCUCCCGCGCUCCGUUGCCAGAAGCUGGCGGAGAGAAUUUACAUUUAAAGAUUAGCAGAGGGAGAAAGAGAAAUCUGCCUUUUGUUGCGUGGGGCGAGGAGGAGGCAUCAGCCCCGGCUGACGCUGUCUCCCGUCACCUCUGCUAUCCAGACAGGACUCGCCGAGAUCGUACUGAGAAGCACUCCACGAUGCCAGACUCACCUGUGGAUGUGAAGACGCAAUCUAGGCUGACUCCUCCAACGAUGCCACCUCCCCCAACUACUCAAGGAGCUCCAAGAACCAGUUCAUUUACGCCGACCACGUUAACUAAUGGCACCAGCCAUUCACCUACAGCCUUGAAUGGCGCGCCCUCGCCACCCAAUGGCUUUAGCAAUGGGCCUUCCUCCUCGUCCUCUUCUUCUCUGGCUAAUCAGCAGCUGCCCCCAGCCUGUGGCGCAAGGCAACUCAGCAAGCUGAAACGGUUCCUCACCACCCUACAGCAGUUUGGCAAUGACAUUUCACCAGAGAUAGGAGAAAGAGUCCGCACCCUGGUGCUGGGACUGGUGAACUCUACUUUGACAAUUGAAGAAUUUCAUUCCAAACUGCAAGAAGCUACUAACUUCCCACUGCGACCUUUUGUCAUCCCAUUUUUGAAGGCCAACCUGCCCCUGCUGCAGCGUGAGCUCCUCCACUGCGCAAGACUGGCCAAACAGAACCCUGCCCAGUACCUCGCCCAGCAUGAACAGCUGCUUCUGGAUGCCAGCACCACCUCACCUGUUGACUCCUCAGAGCUGCUUCUCGAUGUGAACGAAAACGGGAAGAGGCGAACUCCAGACAGAACCAAAGAAAAUGGCUUUGACAGAGAGCCUUUGCACUCAGAACAUCCAAGCAAGCGACCAUGCACUAUUAGCCCAGGCCAGCGGUACAGUCCAAAUAACGGCUUAUCCUACCAGCCCAAUGGCCUGCCUCACCCUACCCCACCUCCACCUCAGCAUUACCGUUUGGAUGAUAUGGCCAUUGCCCACCACUACAGGGACUCCUACCGACACCCCAGCCACAGGGACCUCAGGGACAGGAACAGACCUAUGGGGUUGCAUGGCACACGUCAAGAAGAAAUGAUUGAUCACAGACUAACAGACAGAGAAUGGGCAGAAGAAUGGAAACAUCUUGACCAUCUGUUAAACUGCAUAAUGGACAUGGUAGAAAAGACAAGGCGCUCUCUCACUGUUCUAAGGCGAUGUCAGGAAGCGGACCGGGAGGAACUGAAUUACUGGAUUCGGCGAUACAGUGACGCUGAGGACUUAAAAAAGGGCGGCAGCAGUAGCAGCAGCCACUCCAGGCAGCAGAGUCCUGUCAACCCAGACCCCGUUGCAUUAGAUGCACAUCGAGAAUUCCUUCACAGGCCUGCAUCUGGAUAUGUGCCAGAGGAGAUCUGGAAGAAAGCUGAGGAGGCCGUCAACGAGGUGAAGCGCCAGGCGAUGACCGAGCUGCAGAAGGCCGUGUCCGAGGCAGAGCGAAAAGCCCACGACAUGAUCACGACGGAGCGAGCCAAGAUGGAACGCACGGUCGCCGAGGCCAAGCGGCAGGCUGCAGAGGACGCCCUGGCCGUUAUCAAUCAGCAGGAGGACUCAAGCGAGAGUUGCUGGAAUUGCGGCCGGAAAGCGAGUGAAACCUGCAGCGGCUGUAACACAGCCCGCUACUGUGGCUCAUUUUGCCAGCACAAAGACUGGGAGAAGCACCACCACAUCUGUGGACAGACCUUGCAGGCCCAGCAGCAAGGAGACACGCCUGCUGUCAGCUCCUCUGUCACACCCAACAGCGGGGCCGGGAGCCCGAUGGACACACCACCAGCAGCCACUCCGAGGUCGACCACCCCGGGGACCCCUUCCACCAUAGAGACAACUCCUCGCUAG